AUGGACCAGGGGCUCUGCCUGUUGCUGCACUUGAUAACGUCCAUGGAAAUGGCCGUGGGCUGCGGUGUACUGGGGGAAAGAGGCUGGGUCUUGGGGUCAGGUGGUCCAGGGUUGUCCCGCAGAAGGACCCGGAGCAGCCAGCUGAGCUCCCGGCACCUCCGCAGCAAGGACAAGGUGGAGAAGCUGGCCACGGUGGUCGGGGAGAACGGCUCCGUCCUGCGGCGGGUGACCCGGGCUGCGGCCGCGGCGGCGGCGGCAGCCACCAUAGCAUUGGCUGCUCCUUCGCCCACCCCCGAGUCUCCCACAGUGCUGGCCAAAGAGCCUGAAAAUAGCCUGGCCCAGGGCCCGCUUGUGCCUGUGGUGGAGAUCGGCGUCAGCGAGCGCCAGAGUGCCGAGCUGCACCUGGGCCGGCUCAAGUCUGCCCGGGCUCCUUCCCCGACUCCGUCUCUUGUAGCCACGGCUCCCGCCUCCCACAGCAUCUUGAUAUCCGGUGAGGAAUCAACACCCCAGAAGCCGGAGGCUGGGAGACUGGCGUCUGUCACCGUGAGCUCUCUGAUGGCUACACCCCAGGACCCCAAGGGCCGAGGGGGCGGAGCCAGCCGGUCCGCCUCCAAGCUCAGGAUUGCGCAGGCCUCCCCGGGCCCGCAGGAUUUGGCGGGCUCUCCGGCCUCGCCGUGGCAGGAGCGGGUGCUGGCUCCCAUCCUGCCCGAUAACUGCUCCACGCCCACGGGCGCCCACAUAGACCCGCAAUCCGUGCGGCGCAGCCUGAUUGCCCCGUCCUCCCCGGGCCGCCAGGUCUCGCUGGCCCAGAAGUACUCCCUGGUGGCCAAACAGGAGAAGCCAGUCCGCAGGUCAAGCAGAAGGAUUGGCAAGAAAGCCACUGAAGAGCCAGCUGCCUCCGCCCGUAUCAUCUGUGAGUCUGGGGGCCCAACAGGAGGUCACAGUUACCUGGAGAGGCUCCUGAAUAUUGAGGUGCCCCAGAAAGUUGGGCCGCAGACGCUCCAGGGAGCCCCUGGCUCUGGCUGCUGUCCUCUUGUCCCGGGUGGCGCUCUCCUGCCACCCAGUAACCUUUAUUGCCAGAACAGCUCCCAGGACCCCAUGGCGCUGGGAGGGGGCGCUAAGUCUUUAUUGGGAAGGACGCCCGCCCGUCUUCCCUCACUGCCGAUGGUAGAUGCACUCAGUGUCAGGGAUGAGGAAGAGCGGCGGCACCAGGAGCUGCUGCAGAAGAAGAGGGAGGAGGAGCAGGAGCGGCUGCGCAGGGCGGCCGAGGCCAAGAGGCUGGCGGAGCAGCAGGAGCACGAACGCAGGAAGGAGCAGGAGCGGCUCCAGGCCGAGAGGGAGCUGCAGGAGAAGGAGAAGGCCCUGCGGCGGGAGAGGGAGCUGGAGGAGAAGAAGAAAAAGGUGAAGGGGAGCGGGCCUGGGGCUCCUGCGGGGUCUGCGGCGAGCUCCGGGCCAGCCUGGUGGCUCCCGGUCCGGGAGCAGCCUUGCCUGCCCAGCCGAGCUGACAGCCAUGUUUAUCUUCUCCAGUCUCCAGCUUGUACCUCCUAUCAGAUGACUCCGCAGGGGCACAGGCCGCCCCCCAAGAUCAACCCGGAUAACUACGGGAUGGAUCUGAAUAGCGAUGAUUCCACCGAUGACGAGGCCCAUCCCCGGAAGCCCAUCCCCACUUGGGCCAGAGGGUCGGUCCUCUCAGUGACGCUGUCCGGCGAGCAGAGCUGGUACGACAUCAUUCAGGUGUCCCUCCAGAGAGGCGAGCAGGACGGGCCUCCACUUCCUGUGCCCGUCACCCUGCCCGCGACCUUCAGGCCCUUUGAACUUGUGCUCUCACCAACCCCAGAGCAGCGGGAAGUGUUCUUCCGGACGGCAGAAUGCAAAAAUCCAGAAAUGGCCCCGGUUGCCUGUGGAGAGCUUGCGUGA